AUGUCUAAAGAUAACAUGUUAGAUUGGUUACAAAAGGCCAUCAACGAUGGACAUAUAAUUCUGAUCCCGUACGUUUCCUUUCAAAAUGUUCAUCCUGUAGCAAGAGGUGCUUUCGGUGAGGUGUCGCGAGCCUACUGGUCAAGUGCUGAUAAAACUGUCGCAUUAAAAAGCUUGUAUAAUAAUCCUGGAUCUGAAAACGGUCAAUCCUUCCAAGAGUUUGUAAAAGAGCUUCAACUAAUAAGAACUGUUGAUUUUCAUGAUAAUGUGAUACGUUUCUAUGGUGUCAGUAAAGUGGCAAAAGUUGUAACGAAAGGCAAAAGAGAAGCUCCAAUUGAUGGCACUCCUAUUGAAUAUAUGACUAUUUAUGAACUUGCUUGGAGUGGUAACCCAUCUGAACGUCCAACAAUCAAUGAAAUACGUAAUAAACUUCUUGCUUUACAAAAAAAAGCUCCAAUCACAACUACAAUUUCAACAAUUCCAACAGCUCCAACAAUCCAAGCACCUUCAACAAUCCAAGCACCUUCAACAAUCCAAACACCUUCAAUUUCACCAUUGCCAUCAAUUCAAAAUACCACAAAUCCAAAUAAUAUGCCUCCUAUUUAUCCACCUAUGCAGCCUAUACAACAACAAAAUUACAACCAAUGUCUUGCACAAUCAGCUCAACCUCAGCAACAACAAGUUCCUCAACAACAAGUUCCACAACAUCAACAACAACCAAGCUAUAACCCAUAUUCUUCUACUCAACAGCCUCAACAGCCUCAGCAACAACAAGUUCCUCAGCAACAACAAGUUCCCCAACAACAACAAGUUCCUCAACAACAACAAGUUCCUCAACAACAACAAGUUCCACAACAACAACAACCAAACUAUAACUCAUAUUCCCCUACUCAACAGUCUCAACAGCCUCAGCACAAUUCCAAUUCAUUUAAUCCAUUAAUAACACCUCCAUCUCAAUAUCAACCUCAACCACAUAAUUCACAAAAUAAAGAAGCUAAUAGUCUCAACGCAAAUCUUCUCUCACCUCAACAAAUUGAUCCGUACUUACAAAUGCAAAAUACCAUGACUACAAAUAUUAUUCACAAGAAAACUUGUGAUGCAACAUUGGAGGCUUUUGCUGAAGCGCAUAAAAACAUGCGAGAUUACAUGACACCAGACGAAUGUCAUGCAGCUAUACAUGCAGCAUUAGGCGAUACUGAAGGUUUACUAUGGCAUCUUCAGCAAGGAUCUAGUGUAGAAGGUGAGUAUAGUUUCUUGGACCUAAAAAAAGAAAAACUAGUAAUAAUCACAUCCAAAUAUUGUCCAAGGAGGAACAUCACCAAGAUGUUUGAAUGUUUGAAGUAUUGUAAUGCGGAUUUUCAUGGAACUUCAGUCAAAGAAGGUAAAACUGCUUUACAUAUGUUAUCUGAAAACAUCAACUUAAUGAAGAAGCCUACUAAAGAUAGUAUUGCAAGCAAAUAUGUUGUUUGGGCAAUUGAUGUUUUGGUAAGGUUGGGAUGUGAUGUCAAUGCACUGGAUAACAAAUCAAGAACAGUGUUGUCUUAUUAUUUGGAUGAAGAAUAUGAUCAUGAACUCAAAAUACCAAUAAUAGAAGCCUUAUUGAAAAAUAAAGCGAAUCCAAACCUGCCAACCGAUGUUGCUAAAUUAUCAUAUGAACCUUUCCAUGCACCAAACUCAUUAUUUUUAGCAAUUAGAUUUAAUUGGCCGGGCACUUGUUUGGAGCUAUUGGUUGAUAGAAAGGUGGAUGUGAAGGCAACUGAUAAAGAAGAUAACACAGUGUUAUCAUUAGCAGCAAAAUUGCAACAUACUGAGCAAAUAAGAUGGUUGUUGGAGAAUGUUUAUGAACUUAGUGAGUCACAUCAAAUCAAAUUGGCAAUAAAGAGAUGUGUUGGAUUUAAUAGUAAAGAGAAAAAAUUGUUAAGUGAAUGGAAAGGUAAUUCAACAAAACGUAAAGAGGUUCAAGCUAAAUACGAAAAAAAGAAGCAAGAUAGCAAAAAAAAGUGA